AACUACAAUGGUCACAGUAAUCGAAUAUCAAAUUCUGUUACUCAUAACGGCUAUGAAGAAUUCCAAUUUGAAUCCCUACAUAACCAACUCCCAGGGCUACAUUGGUCAUUACACAAACUUUCCCCCGCCUUCAUCCGCCACUUCACCACUCUCUCUUUCUCUCUCGCUCUAAGAUUUCUUGAGUUAAUUGUGUAUAUGCAAGUGAAAUGAUGCAUCGAUAGUAAGGGGAAAAUCAAACGAAGAGAUGGAGAAUCAGAUUCUGGAGAUUAACCUGAUCUCCGCCCAGGGUUUGAAGGCGCCGCCCUCUAACUUACGCAAGAUGCAAACCUACGCCCUCACCUGGGUCAACUCGGCCGCCAAGCUCCGAACCCGAGUCGACUCACUCGGCGGCGAAAACCCUACCUGGAACGACAAGUUCCUUUUCCGCGUCUCCGACGAAUUCGUCUCGUGCGACACCUCCGCCGUCUCCGUCGAGAUAUUCGCCGUCGGCUACAUCAAGGAUAUCCUCAUCGGCACUGUGCGAUUCCUCCUCAGCACGUUCCUCACGCCGCGCGCCCCCGCGGCGGCCGAGAGCCCUACUAGAACCCCAGCCUUCACCGCCGUGCAGAUCCGCCGCCCCUCCGGCAGAUUCCUCGGCGUCCUCAACAUCGCCGCCGCAGUAUACUACUCCUCCGAUUAUCCGAUUCUGGACAAGGUCCCGGCCGUCAGCUUUUGCGAAUUGAUGGAGAAGAAGGCGCGCAGGCUGCGGCGGCUCAGCCGCAGCGACUCGAUGCGGAGCCAGCAGUCCUCCGGCGGAGAGUCGUGCGAUUUCUCCGACGCCGAUUCCACGACGUCGUCGUCCUCGUCGGCGUCGACGGCGCUGAAGGAGUGGAACUGUAUCCGAGAAUUGGCGGGAAAGAUUAAGGGGGCGAAAUCCAGCGGCGGUGGAUUGCUGUGCGGGCUGAUGGUGGCGAGGAAGAUCCCAUCCUGUCCGUCCAAUCUUAAUCUUGACACGUGGGAGGAUAAUCCUAAAGGGGGUCGGUGAUCGACGGCCUGGAUCGUUUCAAAUAUCGGUUAGACUUUAAUUGCAGUAAAUAGGUUUAUUUUGAGUGAUAUUUUGUGAAGGAAUAAAAAAAGAAACUUAUGCGGCUAUAAAGUGAUGAAAGCGAGUUCAUUGUUCAGUGAUUUUCCCUCAAUUGGUUGCAAUUAUCAGUUGGUUGAGUAAUACAUUUAGACUUCUUUUA